CGCACGCACCUGUGUAACUUUACCCGCGAAAUGGCCACCGACACGUACGGACACCGCUUGGUUUACGAGAAAGACAUGUUCACUAACGACGUGAUGAUGGAGUACACCACUGAAGAGUGCUACCUGGCCUGGCCGAGGUCGCCUGACUCGGGCAGAUCGAGCUUGGAGCCUACACCAUCGAUUGAUGGCAGCAUCAAUCAAGAUUCGCCGACGCACAUCGCGUACCGUGGAUUAUCCCGCGACAUCACUCUGGAAGACAGUGCUGAAGAUAAUGACGUCAUGGACAGCUCGGGGAAGAGGCGAGGAAGAGCUACCAGUGCUGCAGUUUUGAGAAGACGCCGCCUGGCUGCUAACGCUCGGGAGAGAAGACGGAUGCAAAACCUCAACAAGGCGUUUGACAGACUCCGAGGACACUUGCCAUCUCUGGGAGCCGACCGUCAGCUCUCCAAGUACGAGACCCUUCAGAUGGCGCAAACCUACAUAGCUGCUUUGUACGAACUACUACAGUAAACACGGUACGUCUCAGUGCUAGAUUAGAGUAGUAACUUGAACAAUAAUGUUUGCCAAAUUUUGAGUCUAUUCCCUAUUAUUGCGAGAGACGUAGUUGUACAUUUUGAUCGUUCGCUGUUCAGUAAUAGGGGCAGUAGUUUUAGUGAAGUACAGGGAUAUUUAUUUUGUACCAGAGAAUACUCAGUGUUACCAAGUAGGUGUGUUAUUUUUAGUACUUUUUAAAGUCUUACGCAUUUUCGAAUUUGCGGUGUCAUGUUUCGUGAAUCUUACGCUUAUUAAGUUUAUUACAUUGUCUUUAGUUUAAGGUAAUUCUUGAUUCUUGCCAGUAAUUUCCGUCCUUAGUUUUUAAGUUGUAUCAUCUUGCCGAGAAAGUAUUAAGCCUAAAUAGUUUAGUAUAGUUGUAGGGAUAGAGCCAGUAUUAUGUAUGUUUGUUAUAGAAGGUAAAGGAGUAGACGCUGUUUGUGAAUAAUCUGAUUUUAACGAUGCGAUGUUUGUUUUU